UUUCGGGAAAGGGGUUGUUAGUUGUCAGGAAGGGUAAGCGAGAACGGAGGAGGACUGCGUGUCCGCUUAAGCUACCGAUUCAACAAAUUCCGUGGAAUUAACCUCAUAUUUCUCACCCUGUGGAUACUGGAUAUUUGUCUUGGGACGUUUGGGAAUAAAGUAGCCGACGAACGACAACGUAAAAUAAGUCUAAAGAGGAGCCACAACUUGGUUGAGGCGUCUAAUGCGCUGAACGAAACGGAAGUAACUUGCCAGCUGUGUGGCUAAACUCGCGAGGUGAGUUCAUUGUCUGAAUGCCAACUCUGUGGGUGAUGGAGUUGAGCAGGCAACUUUGUGGGAAGAUGAGGAGGUCGGGUAAGAGGGCCCAACUCUCCUCUUCUCCUAUUUCCACUCGGGGCCUGGAGAUCCACUUUUACUCACCGGAGAUGAACCAGCUAGAGUACUUCAAGGGCUGCUACACCGCUUUGCAGCUCUGCGUGGAUGCUGCCAAGAAAUGCUCAAUCUCUCCCUUGUGCCAUAACCUAUUUGCCCUGUAUGAUGAGACAACUAGCAUGUGGUACCCUCCAAACUAUGAGUUCAAGAUCACGGAUGAAACCAGUGUCAAGUUGCACUACCGCAUGAGGUUUUAUUUCAGAAACUGGCAUGGCACCACUGAAGGAGAGUCUCCAGUUUGGAGACACUGCAUCAGUAAACUCAGAGGAGGACUUAGCCCACAGAAAACACCAGAAGGAACUCCCCUACUGGAUGCUGCCUCUCUUAACUACCUGUUUGCCCAGGGCCAGCAUGACUUUCAGACAGGCGUGGUUCCACUGAGGGUGUCCCACUCAGAGACAGAGCAACACGAGAUAGAAAAUGAGUGUUUGGGCAUGGCUGUGCUUGCUAUCGCUCACUAUACCACAAACAUGGAUACGACUCUUCCAACUGCUUCCCAUGAAAUCUGCUACAAACGUUUCAUCCCAGAGUCACUGAACCACAACAUUAAGCAGCGAAACUUCCUGACACGCAUCCGCAUCAACAACGUCUUUAAGAAAUUCCUCAAUGAAUUCAACCGCCGCACAAUGAAGGACAGCAAAAUCACGGCGUACGACCUGAAGAUCAAGUACCUGGCCACUCUGGAGGGCCUGACCAGCGGCAUGGGCAGCGAGCUGUUUGAGCCCAUCUCCCUCAGUGUAACGCAGGAAGGAGAUCUCUGCAAUGGAGGUUACUAUGGCUACUGUAACCAGAGCCAAGACCAGAGCCAAAGUCUGAACAUGAUGACAUGUCGUGACAUGCAAGUCUUGGUAACUGGCACCACUGGCAUUUCCUGGAGGAAGAAGCUUGCUACACCAACUGGGAUCAUCAAAGAAAAGGGCAAGUCAAAGAAGAACAAGAUGGAUGGAAAACAGAAAAAUGACAAAAAGACAGAAACGAAUGACGGCUUGGUGGUGUUCUGUGACUUCCAUGAGAUCACACACACUGUCAUCAAAGAGGCAACGGUCACCAUCUAUAGACAGGACAACAAGAGGAUGGAGUUGCAAAUGGCCUCUAAGGGUAAGGCUCUGUCCUUUGCAGCCCUCGUGGAUGGGUACUUCAGGCUGACGGUGGAUGCCCACCACUUCCUGUGCAAGGAGGUGGCCCCUGCUUCAGUGGUGGACAACAUAAACAACGGCUGCCAUGGACCCAUCUGCACGGAGUAUGCAAUCCACAAGCUGCGUCUGGAGGGCAAUACGGAGGGCGCGUACAUCCUCCGCUGGAGCUGCACUGAAUACGAGUACAUUAUCAUCACUGUGGUCUGCAAUGAGAUUGACCUGAGUGAGUCUCGUCCUUUGCGUCAGUAUAAGAACUUCCAGAUUGAGGUGACCUCCAAUGGGUUCCGCCUGCACGGCACUGAGACGUUCCGAACCACUCUCCUUGAACUGCUGGAGCACUUGGAGGGCCAAAGCCUUCGCACCGACAACCUCCAGUUCCAGCUGCUGCGCUGCUGCCCUCCACAGCCUAGAGAGAUUUCUAACCUGCUGGUGGUCACUAAAGAUAGAGCACCGGCCCAUCAGACACCCAUGCAGGAGAGUCAGCUCAGCUUCCACCGCAUUCUCAAGGAAGAGAUUGAACAGGAGGAGCACCUUGGACUUGGCACAAGAACCAACAUCUACACAGGCACACUGAGGGUGAAGAGUGAGGAGGAGGAGGAUGCAGGUUACGCAUCCUUCCAGGAGGUCAAGGUGGUCCUGAAGGUGCUGGGCUCUGGACACAGGGACAUCUCCCUGGCCUUCUUCGAAACAGCCAGCAUGAUGCGACAAGUGUCUCAUAAACACAUAGUGCUGCUGUAUGGAGUGUGUGUUCGCCACCAGGAGAAUAUCAUGGUUGAAGAGUAUGUCCAGCUAGGACCACUGGACUUAUUUAUGAGGAGACAGCAGAGCCCACUCACCACACCGUGGAAGUUCCAGGUGGCCAAGCAGCUGGCCUCAGCUCUCAGCUACCUGGAGGACAAAAAGCUAGUCCAUGGCUAUGUGUGUGCCAAAAACAUCCUGCUUGCCAGGGAUGGACUGGACACUGAUGAAGGAUGGCCCUUCAUCAAGCUCAGUGACCCAGGAAUACCAAUCACAGUGCUAUCCAGAGAGGAGUGUGUGCAUCGUAUCCCAUGGAUCGCUCCGGAGUGUGUGAAGAGCGCGUCUUCCCUAAGCGUCGCAGCUGACAAGUGGGGCUUUGGUACCACCCUGUGGGAGAUCUGCUAUGAUGGAGAGGUCCCCCUUAAAGACAAGAAACUCACAGAGAAGGAGAGGUUUUAUGAAACUGAGUGCCAACUGGCCACCCCAGACUGCAGAGAGCUGGCUCAACUGAUGACCCACUGCAUGACCUACGACCCCAAGAAGAGACCUUUCUUCAGGGCUAUUGUCAGAGACAUGGACAUGCUAAUAGAAAAGAACCCAUCUAUAAAACCCCAGCCUACACCGGAGGUGGACCCAACCAUGUUUGAAAAGAGAUUCCUUAAGAAGAUCAGAGAUCUGGGAGAGGGCCACUUUGGAAAGGUGGAGCUGUGUCGUUAUGAUCCUCGGGGUGAUAAAACAGGGGAGCUGGUGGCAGUUAAAUCCCUAAAACCUGAGAACCGGGAGGAGCAGGGCAACAACCUCUCGCGUGAGAUCGACAUCCUGAAGGCACUCUACCAUGAAAACAUUGUCAAAUACAAGGGCAUCUGCCAAGAGGAAGGUGGUCAGGCCAUUAAGCUGAUCAUGGAGUACCUUCCACUGGGCAGUUUGAAGGAGUAUCUACCCAGAAACAAAAGCAAGACCAGCCUCAGCACCUUGCUCAGCUACACUGUCCAGAUAUGCAAGGGAAUGGAAUAUCUGGGAUCUCGACAUUACAUUCACCGAGACCUGGCUGCCCGAAAUGUUCUGGUGGAAAACGAGAGGACGGUGAAGAUCGGAGAUUUUGGCCUCACCAAGAGUAUCAAGGACAACGAGGGAUAUUACACGGUCAAAGAUGAAAACGACAGCCCGGUUUUCUGGUAUGCGCCAGAGUGUCUGACUCACUGCAAGUUCUACCUUGCCUCAGAUGUUUGGUUUGGGGUGACGAUGUAUGAACUCAUCACCUACUGCGACUCCUCCAAGAGCCCAAUGACGCUCUUCCUUGGUAUCAUUGGUAAAACUCAAGGUCAAAUGACUAUCAUCAGAUUGGUAAAGGCGUUGGCAGAAGGAAGAAGGCUGCCACGUCCUGAGGGCUGUCCUGAGGCUGUGUACGAGCUGAUGCGCAGAUGCUGGGAGACCACACCCGACCUGAGGAUCACAUUUAAACAGCUGGUGGAGGAGCUGACCAAAAUGCAGCAACAGUUCCAAAAACAAAACAACCUUUAAACUUCCUCAAACUGUUCGGGGCUUUGGGAAUGACUUUUGCGUGCAGACUCGGGACCAGAUGUGAACGGCAAAACUGACUCCAGAUCAGUAUCUGCUUGUGGAGCAUCAUUGUACUGAGAGAAAGUCCUGAAGGAUCAGAGCUUCACACAAAGCAUUGCUCCUUCAUACCUGCAUAUUUACACCUUCCACAAUUAUGAAAACACUUUGAGGCCUGAUAUGUUAGUCUGCCAUUAUUUUAACUUUUUUAAUUUUUCAUGUUUGUUAAACUAUUCUGAUGUUUCAUGUGAGCAAGAGUUUUUUUUUUUUUUGUUGUAACAAGUAAAUCCUGUCAAAUCUUGUAGCCUUAGCCCAUGCUAAAUGUGACCUUUUAAUCUACAAAGGACUUCCAAGUGUAUCUAAAGGAUUUUACUCUCUGCAGUGCCAGAAAUGUCAAACUUGGGCGGACUGGUCACUGUUAUAAUUUGUGCCGAAGGCCUUUAUGAUCGUGUGAGGGUAAUAAUGCUCUCACUGAUGGACGCUUGAAAGAUGAAGAGCAGAGAAAGAACUGUUAAAAGCCUACUUACCAACAGUUAAAUGGUUGUGUGACUGACACAAAGACAGUGUGACAGAGUGGAUUAUUGAUGAAUCAUGUUGAGAAUUUAUUGGAUGGAUGGAUCCAGGCAUUAAUACAGAUGCUGAAGAUGUGGUUUUUCAACCUUUUGUGCCACAGCUGUUUGUCUCCUGGAAUCCUGUUUGGGGGAAUAUCCCCUGAUUUUUAUUUCUUUUAGCCAUGGCAAAGUCUGUGAUAGAUUUUCUGUUCAUGAUGUGCAGAUGCAGUCACUGAGAACCAGCUUUUAAUUACAGCCAGCAACCAGAAAGCAAUGUUCCUUUUCGCUGUGUAGGUCUAGCUAAAAUCUUAGUUUAAGUCAUCGUGUUUUAGAUUUCUGGUAGCUGUGACGGGCACGUUUCACCAUUUUCAGGCAUUUUAUAAACCAAUUAACUGAGAAAAUAUUCCAGAGAUUAAUUACUUUGAACCGGAGCCUCCAAAGUGACCAGACUCAAAUGAGGAUACUUUCUCUGUGAAGGAACUGUUUGAGUUUCAUCUGCACAGGAACAGAAAAUCUACAAUAUUUUCUGGUACAGUUUUGCCUCUCUAAUCAUCAUCCAUGUGUUUUCAUCCUUUUCAAAUCACCAGGAAUCAUCUUUGGACUGUGUUAAUGUCCUCUGAUUGUUUGAGGUGGUUCAGUUAAUAAUCUAUAAUCAAGUUAGGUUCUUUCAAAUGUAACAAAUCUUCAAUUAAGAUCUAUUAUGCAUCUGAAUAGUCAACUAAAUCAAAUAUACAGCACUUAUUAACUUGUUGGUUGCGGAAGGAGAAAUUAAGAUAAGUACCUGUGAGAUACACUUGAGGGCAGUAUCCCUUCACUUUUCUUCUCUCUAAUGCUUUAUGAAAUGUCUAUAUGCUAUACAGAGUAGUGCAAAAAAAGAGCCAAUUGCUAUUGUUGCCGAUUGUGAAUGGAUAACUAAAGAUGGCACACGGUUUGAAGUGAGAAAGAAUAAUUGAUUAUGCACAUGGCAUUUUAUUUUCAUUUGUUAUUUCAGUUACAUCUAUAUCAAUUCUUCCAGUGACGGUCAUGAUUAUGUAUGUGCAUUUUAUUUGUAAAGUUUUCUUUUUAAUCCUCCAAUAUGCCAGAAGAUUUAUCAAAGUGUAUUUUGUCUGUGAAAUGGUUUGAGCAGAGGGUUUUAUCCGUUUUAAAAUCCAUCAGUAGAUGUGAGCCGCAAAAUCCCACUCAGUCGUAGAUUAUCAUGAUUUCAAGAAGUGGUCAGUUGUUCUUGAUUUACCUGUAUGGCUUUUACUGUGAAGGAAACAAAAAAAACGAAGUUGUGCUUCAGUCCCCAUUCUACUAGGGUGAUGUAAACGACAAUUCCUUCUGCUCAAAAUAAGAGAAAAGAAAUAUAUAUAUUUUUCAAAAAAUCUGUUGAAACUAUGACUCAUGGGAAGUUAAAGUAUCCAUGAAUACACAAUGAAAAAAUAAAUAAAAUCAAUGUA